GUCUUGAAUGAAACGACGUCGCAUGAAGUGAACAAAUAAAACAUCGAUUUUCCCUCUUCUUCUUUCGCUGUCUCUUGUUUCCUUUGGCAAAACCUUGUACACACAGAAUGAACCAAAACGACGUCGUAGUGUUGAACAUGGAAGAAAGAGGAAACAAAGAAUUGCAAAACGAAAAAACCCUAAUUUGUAACGACGAAGAAGAAGAAGAAAUCAUUUGCUUAGACCCGUCGUUCUUCAUCGAUGACAAUUACCAGCUUACGGAAUUCACAUUUGGCUCUCAACAAAUUCAGCUCUUCUGUCUUCAAUCUGCUUCCACUGACUUUGAUUUGACAGGGCAGCUGGUAUGGCCUGGAGCCAUGUUGCUGAAUGAUUAUCUAUCAAAAAAUGUUGAGAUGUUUCAAGGUUCCACUGUUAUUGAAUUAGGUUCUGGUGUUGGUAUUACUGGAAUACUUUGCCGCAGAUUCUGCAAUAAAGUUGUGUUGACAGACCAUAAUGAAGAAGUGCUUAAGAUCAUAAAGAAAAAUAUAGAGCUGCAUUCUUGUCCUGAAAAUAUUAGUCCUACUUCUCAUGGAUUAGUAGCAGAGAAACUAGAAUGGGGGAACACUGAUCAGAUCAAUGAAAUUUUACAGAAACAUCCUGGAGGUUUUGACAUCAUUCUUGGAGCUGAUAUCUGCUUUCAGCAGUCAAGCAUCCCUUUGCUGUUUGAUAGUGUUAGACAGCUUCUCCAAGUUAAAGAAGGCGGAAAAUGCAAGUUCAUACUAGCCUAUGUAUCACGAGCCAAGAUGAUGGAUUCAAUGAUUAUUUCUGAGGCUUCUAAGUUUAAGAUGCAUAUGAAUGAAGUGCCUGGAACAAAGUGUAUUAUUGGGAAUCUUGAAGGUGUCAUCUAUGAGAUUACUCUCAAGUAGAAUCAUUAAAUCAAUAUUGUUUGAGGUUUCCAGAAGCAGACACGGCAUAUGAAAACCAGAACUGAUUUGACUUGAUCACUGGCUAGUGUUUUUGUUCCAACUCAAACCUACUCAACCCUGCCCUUCUCAAUCUAUGCAAACAACAUAGUGACGAUGACUCGGGAAAUCCAUUGGUUUUAUAUGGAAAGGAAAUAUAAAAUAUGCAAGAGAGCCUGUUUUGUAGUGUCUGUCUUGCAAAAUGUAUUUUUCAAUGUGAAGGGAAGCGUAUCACAGGGUUGAGCUAGAGACAGCCUUCAAUACAAAUGUAAUCGAGCAAAACAUUUUACUUCCUCAAAAUUAUGAAUUUUUUUGUGUUGUUUUUGUUGAAAUCAACUCACAAACAUUUGUUUCUCAAAAUUAUAGUGCAUGUUUUGUCAUUGUGUGAUCUUCUACCUCUGCAU